GUGCAUAGGCUGAGAGCGAAGUAGCUUCUCUGAACAGACGCAUCCAGCUGGUUGAGGAAGAGUUGGAUCGGGCUCAGGAGCGCUUGGCUACUGCCCUGCAGAAGCUGGAGGAGGCUGAGAAGGCUGCAGAUGAGAGUGAAAGAGGAAUGAAGGUCAUUGAGAAUAGAGCCCAGAAAGAUGAAGAGAAGAUGGAAAUCCAAGAGAUCCAGCUUAAAGAAGCUAAGCACAUUGCUGAAGAGGCUGACCGCAAGUAUGAAGAGGUGGCUCGUAAGCUUGUGAUCAUUGAGAGUGACCUGGAGCGGGCCGAGGAACGUGCAGAACUAUCAGAAAGCAAAUGUGCUGAGCUUGAAGAGGAGUUGAAAACUGUGACCAACAACCUGAAGUCGCUGGAGGCUCAGGCUGAGAAGUACUCGCAGAAAGAAGACAAAUAUGAAGAGGAGAUUAAAGUCCUGACUGACAAACUGAAGGAGGCUGAGACCCGUGCUGAGUUUGCUGAGAGGUCAGUAACCAAGCUGGAGAAGAGCAUUGAUGACCUAGAAGAGAAAGUGGCGCAUGCCAAAGAAGAAAACCUUAGUAUGCAUCAGAUGCUGGAUCAAACUUUACUGGAGUUAAACAACAUGUGAAAACCUUCUUAGCAUCAACCACAUUAUUUGUUUUAUUAUUUUUACACCUGCUUGCUGUGAAACCCCAUAAACAUGUCUUUAUUUUAGUUUCACCACAGUCACAGGAACGUAUCAGGCAGGGGUCAGGGAAACACCAAAAUGGGCAAGCCAUAUGCGGGUUAAGCUGUAUUACAUUAUGGUUUAAAUGUGCCAUUUCCCAAUAAAAAUGUUACCUACACUUUGUAGAGAGUUCAGCAAUUCAGUAUGCUUAGGCUGUUGAGGAAUCCUGGCUGUGGCAGAAAGCAUCCCACCUCAAGUGCCAACUACAAUUUUUAAGAAGAGAAAUGAUUUGUGUUCAAGAGAGGUCAGGUGGAAAUGGUGCUAUUUUCAACAAAAGGGUCUGUUUAAGUCUUCUAUUUGAUGUCAGACAAGUCAGGAGUUGUCCAGCACAGUCAUUUGUUUUUAUCAGAAUUUAAUUGAUCUGUGACGAUUUGGACUUUCUGUGCCUUCUAAUUCAAUAAACAAAGGUAGGUAAGCAACAGAGAAAAGAGAAGGCUUCUGGAGGUUUUAAAUUGUGUUCUUGCAACUCAAUACAGAAGUGUAGGUCAGCAUUUCACCUGGAGUAUUCAUUCAAUUGUAUUUUUCAUGUUAAAAUGAAAGAUUCAAUAAAUUCAGGAGAAAACAUAAAUUCAGAAGAGAUUGUUUGCAAAUAUAUUUUAUUUGUCUGGAUUUUGGGGAGGGGGAGGAAUUUACAAACCGAUAUUCGCCUCACUUUUUUCACACUUUAUUUGAGCAGUUUUAAAAGUAUACCUGUAUGUAAACAUUGUAUAAUGAUAUGGAAUAAAAUGCACAUUUUAG